GGAUACAGACGGGGAACCCUCAGAACCUGAAGUCGGCAAGUCUCUCAGUGUGGUACGUACUGAUGCAGGAGCCUACUUCACAGCUUGUGAAUUAAAGGAUACUUUACAGAUGCUCAUCCUUAGAGCUUUGGAGCAAAAAGUUAUGCUAUUGUCUGAAAAAGAGGUUCGCUUUUUUUGGAUCGUGAAUUCUCUGCGCUCCUAUGAUGAAUGUAACAGAGCUUCCAGAGGUUUCAGAACCUACAAAGAGCCGUCACAGUUCUUGGAUGAUGACAGCCUCCUUGAGGAAUGGAAAUCAGCCCAUCUAGAGCACUCCUUACACCUCAUGAGAAUUGUACUCAAAAGAAACGAGGUAGAGUACCACAGUGUGACACAAGAACUUUACCGGGCGAAAAUUGAACUGAGAUCACGCCAUGCAGAGGAGCAAUUCACCUCCUUUAUUAAAAAAUUGGAAAGGAAAUUACUGAUCACUCAAGAUGAAACAAAAGACCGGAAAAGAGACAAGUUCCUCGGGGACAAGCUUGAUUUUGAGAAUGGCCGGAUUUAUGAGUGGGGGAAUCGUAAACAAGUCAGAAGAAAGAAUCGUUCCGAGGAAUAGGACCAAUGAUCAGUGGACUACCCACUCGGAUUCUAGCCGUUCAGAUGAUCCCACAGCUGGUGAGGAUGCAAGCCACAUUACAGGGGGUCCAAAAAACGGGGCACCCACAGAAGGAAGACAAGGUAGGGGUGGGGCAAAGGGCCCAAAUCGCCACAAAAGAAACCAGAAGAGAAAACAAGUAUUGUGGAGAUAGCACAAACUGCCUUGGAUCCGUGUUCGGCUUAUGUUAGUCUGAAUGAACCUUGGAGAAACACAGACCAUUUAUUUAAUGAAUCUCAAGACAAACCAAUGUGCGACAACCACCUGGAUGGGGAGUGGUAUCGCUUCACUGGUAUGGCAGGAGACGCCAUGCCAACAUUUUGUAUCCCAGAAAACCACUGUGGCACACAUGCCCCAAUCUGGCUCAAUGGAAGCCACCCAAGUGAAUCAGAGGGAAUUGUGCAAAGACAAGCCUGUGCCAGCUUCAGUAAUAACUGCUGCCAAUGGAACACAACUGUGGACAUCAAGGCCUGUACAGGAGGGUAUUAUGUGUAUCGACUAACAAAGCCAAAUGUUUGCUUCCAUGUCUAUUGUGGGCACUUUUAUGAUAUCUGUGAUCAGAUGGAGUGUGGAGGAACAUGUCUGGACAAUGGAGAUUGCAUAUGCAGUUCUGGAACAGUUCUAGGUCCAGAUGGACAAACAUGUUUGGAUGAAAAUGAAUGUGAGCAUGAUAAUGGUGGAUGUAGUGAGACCUGCAUCAAUCUGAAGAACUCUCAUCGUUGUGAUUGUGGGAAGGGACGAGUGCUGGGCAGAGAUGGAAAGACCUGUGAAGAUAUUGAAGGAUGUCAGAUCAAUAAUGGAGGCUGCAGCCAUACCUGUGCACCAUUGGGGGAUUCAUACCAUUGUCUGUGCCCACGGGGGCUUAUCCUGUCUGAGGAUAACCACACAUGUCAAGUUCCAGUGUUAUGCAAGCCAAGUUCCAUAGAGGUCUCUGUUCCAAAGGAUCUAGUUGGUGGACUUGAACUGUCGCUUACCAAUUCCUCCUGCAAGGGUGUUUCUAACGGCACCCAUGUCAAUAUCAACUUCAACCUCAAGGCUUGUGGGACAGUUAUCAAUGUAGUAAGUGAUAAAAUUAUUGCUACCAACCUAGUCACAGGUAUGCCUAAGCAGACCCCAGGAAGCAAUGGGGACAUUAUUAUUCGUACAAGCAAAAUAAUAAUCCCUAUUACAUGUGAGUUUCCCAGACUUUACACCAUCACAGAAGGAUAUGUACCCAAUCUUAAAAACACACCCCUCGAAAUUAUAGGUCGCAACAGAGGGACAUUUCCCUUCACCCUGGAAAUUUUCAAGGAUAAAGACUUUGACGAACCUUACAGGGAAACUCUGCCAACACUUAAGCUCAGAGAUUCGCUUUACUUUGGCAUUGAACCUCUGAUGCGCGUCGGUGGACUGGCAACCCUUGUGGAGAAUUGUUUUGCAACCCCAUCUUCCAAAAAUGAUGAAAUCCUGAAAUACUAUCUAAUAAAAGAUGGUUGUGUCUCAGAUGAGGCUGUCAAGCAAUAUACAUCAAAAGAUCAUCUGGCCAAACACUUCCAGGUCCCAGUGUUUAAGUUUGUUGGAAAAGACAACAAGGAGGUCUUCCUACAUUGCCAAGUUCUGGUCUGUGGAGCCACAGAUGAGCGAUCGCGGUGUGCUCAAGGCUGUCGCCGUCGAAUGCGCAGAUCAGCCAAUAUAGAAGAAGAAACAAGCCACCUGUCAAGCCACAUGCUCACUGGAGGCCCCAUAGUAAUAGACAUGGAGGAAUAGUUUUUUCCUUCCAUUCAGAACCACAGUGCUGUAUAUAAAAUGCUUCAAAACUUAUUUUAUUGAUCCAUUUUUUAUCCAUUGUAAAUACUUUACACUAAGUAAAUACUUUUUACACUUCAGGACCCUUAUUAGUGCUGCCAAAUGGCUGAGAUUCUUUCCACAUCUCGAUUAAGCACUUGGCCUCAGUAAAGAUCCCCAAUAGACAAGGUAUUGGGCGGCCUCAGCUUUUCAUUGAAAGCCAACAAAUGCAGACAGCACCCAUAGGGGCAAUGUAUUUAGCCAAGCAGUUAUGAUGAUUUAGUCAAGAGAUUGGUGUCUGUCUCUGUUUUCGGACCCUCACAUGUCUUCAUGAUAUGUAAAAUUUCAAUGAAAUGACAGUGUCACUUUAAGACUGCCUUUUUGGAUUUCUGUAUUAUCAUGUCCAAAAUGAUAUCCCAUUUACACAGUAUCCCCAGUAUAGGGGAUAACUAGUGGAUUACUGGGGAACUGGCUGCUGCCACCCACAUCGAUUUUAAGAACAGAAAACUAAUGUCCUCCAAUGAAUAGAGCACUGGCCUUUCACGCACGUUGCUGAUCUCACAAUCAGUUGGGGUCCCAGUAUGUGGGGGAUAACCUUUGCUCAUGAGUAUACACCUGUAAUUUUUAUUUUUUAUUAUUUUGGACAAAUUCAGAGCCCAUGUGGUAAUCAUUUAUUUCAUUUAUAAACAUUGUGUUAUUACCAUUUCCAUACACAAAAUGUUAUUUAUGUUUCAUGACUUAAAACUUUAUUUACAUCUUCUUUCAGAAAGUUGUAGAAUCUCACCUUAUUGAUUAUAACAAUGUUUCAGCCUUUUGUGUUUGUGUCUUAUUCUGGAAGCAAUGCAUUUCUAAGAUCAUUAUUAGACCUAUAAAUAGAGCUACAAUAUAUGGCACACUUAUCCACAAUGGG